ACGACACAAUUUAAGUUGGGGCAAGUUUUUCAGACGACACAAUCUGCUUCGACACUCCGCAGGACGCAGCCUCCGCUAUCCCCGCAGGCGCAGGUGACACCGUGACAAGAAUCCAGAGACAAUAAAGAUGGUCCGAAUGGAGAUCAUGGAAAGGCUGGAGGGAUGCUUUGACUGAGAACUUGAGGUUGUUGAUUUGUCAGGUUUUGUAUUCUCAAGCACAUACAGGGUUAAAAUAACAAUGAAUAACAAUAACAAUGAAGAGGUUUUUUGAAGAAUCGAAUGCGGCUUAAAGCAAGUAUUGAAAUCGUUCGCUUUCUAGCAUUGCAAGGAAUUGGGUUUAGAGGCCAUGAAGAAAGUUGAAGUUCAUUAAAUCGGGGGAAUUUUAUUGAAGUGUUAAAGUACAAAGCAGAAGGAAAUGAUGAAAUCUCAAGCAUUAUCUUAGACAAUGCUCCGCAAAAUGCCCAAUACAUUGCUCCAUCGAUUCAAAAGGAGAUUCUUCAUAUUCUUGCAAACAGAGUGAGAAAACUUAUUUGUGAUGAAAUUGCGGGAGGCAAAUAUUGUAUUCUUGUUGAUGAAGCACAAGAUGAGUCUGAAACGGAGCAAAUGGCUCUUGUUUUACGAGAUGUCAACCAUAAUGGUUUGCUAAUGGAACGUUUUUUUGACAUAGUGGGAGUUGAAAACACAUUAGCGGUAACACUUAAAGAUGCAAUAUCUGAUAUUCCUGUUCGGUUCGAUCUUUCAAUUCAAAAUUUGAGAGGUCAAGGGUACGAUGGUGUUAGUUAUAUGCGCGGAGAAUGGAAUGGAUUACAAGCAUUAUUUCUUAAAGAUUGCCCAUUUGCUUAUUAUAUCCAUUGUUUGGCUCAUCAAUUACAACUAGCAUUAGUUGCUGCAGCUAAAGAUGAGCCAAAUAUUUGGCAAUUCUUCUCUCACCUGACUUGUAUUGUCAAUCUUGUUGCUUCAUCUCCCAAGCAUCUUGGUGAAUUAGAAUCUUUUCAAAGGGAUGAGAUUGCACGGAUGUUGAGCACAGGUGAACAUCAAUCUGGUAAAGGGGCUAAUCUAAUUGGCACCUUGCAUCGAGCAGGAGCUACUCGAUGGAGCUCACAUUAUGAUUCUGUGAGAAACUUGAUUGAUAUGUAUACUGCAUCCUGUAAAGUUGUUGAAAAUCUUAGAAAGGGUGGGCAAAAUCAAGAGAUUCGUGGGCAAGCUUCAGGUGUUUACAAGGCAAUGAGAAGCUUUGAAUUCCUAUUUAUUUUGCACUUAAUGGAUAACAUUAUGGGAUUCACUAACGUACUUUGUCAGACCUUGCAACGCAAAUCUCAAGACAUUCUAAAUGUUUUGAAAUUAGUCCCAACAACCAAAACUCUCCUUCAAAAAUUCAGACAAGAUGAUUGGGAUAUUUUUCUUGCAAAUGUGGUGUCAUUUUGCAAUUGACAUAACAUUGAUAUACCUGAUUUGAGUUCUCCUUAUGUAAAGGAUACGGGUCAUCAUUGUCAGCAACAAGAUUAUAUUACAGUUGAGCACCAUUAUCACUUUGAGAUUUUCAACUCUACAAUAGAUUUACAAUUGAUGGAGUUAGAACAUAGAUUCAACAACGAAGUAAUGGAACUUCUUACUCUUAGCUCGGCUUUGGAUCCUAGUGAUUCUUUUAAAUCUUUUAAUGUGGAAAAGAUAUGCAAUCUUGCUGAGAAAUUCUAUCCUUAGGACUUCACUAGUCAAGAUGUUAAACAAUUGAAGUUUCAGUUGAUGCAUUAUCAACUUGAUGUAACUAGUGAUCUUGAGUUUCAGAAUAUUUCUUCUCUUACUGAUUUAUGUAGGGAAGUAGUUCUAAAAAGAAAGUUCGAGUACUACCCUUUGGUUGACAGAUUGAUCCGUCUUGUGCUGACUCUUCCUAUUUUUACAACUACGGAGAGAGAAUUUUCAGGCAUGAGACGUGUUAAAACAGCGAUGCGUAGCAUGAUAGGAGAUGAAUUUCUUGCCGACUGCAUGAUUAUCAACCUUGAACGGGACCUUCUUUGGAAAAUUGACUUUGAGACUAUUAUCAACGAAUUUGAGUCUUUAAAGACUCGUCGAGCACAACUUAAAUAGAUAUUUUGUAAUCUUUGAAUUCAAAUAUUUAUCUAUUAUGUUAUAAACUUUUUUUUUUCUUUA